AUGGUGACCAUGGUGACCCCAUCGCACCUCACCAUGGUGACCCCAUCGCACCUCACCAUGGCGACCCCAUCGCACCUCACCAUGCUGACCCCAUCGCACCUCACCAUGCUGACCCCAUCGCACCUCACCAUGGUGACCCCAUCGCACCUCACCAUGGUGACCCCAUCGCACCUCACCAUGGUGACCCCAUCGCACCUCACCAUGGUGACCCCAUCGCACCUCACCAUGGUGACCCCAUCGCACCUCACCAUGCUGACCCCAUCGCACCUCACCAUGGUGACCCCAUCGCACCUCACCAUGGUGAUCCCAUCGCACCUCACCAUGGCGACCCCAUCGCACCUCACCAUGGUGACCCCAUCGCACCUCACCAUGGUGACCCCAUCGCACCUCACCAUGGCGACCCCAUCGCACCUCACCAUGGUGACCCCAUCGCACCUCACCAUGGUGACCCCAUCGCACCUCACCAUGCUGACCCCAUCGCACCUCACCAUGCUGACCCCAUCGCACCUCACCAUGGUGAUCCCAUCGCACCUCACCAUGCUGACCCCAUCGCACCUCACCAUGCUGACCCCAUCGCACCUCACCAUGGUGACCCCAUCGCACCUCACCAUGGCGACCCCAUCGCACCUCACCAUGGUGACCCCAUCGCACCUCACCAUGGUGAUCCCAUCGCACCUCACCAUGCUGACCCCAUCGCACCUCACCAUGCUGACCCCAUCGCACCUCACCAUGGUGACCCCAUCGCACCUCACCAUGCUGACCCCAUCGCACCUCACCAUGCUGACCCCAUCGCACCUCACCAUGGCGACCCCAUCGCACCUCACCAUGCUGACCCCAUCGCACCUCACCAUGCUGACCCCAUCGCACCUCACCAUGCUGACCCCAUCGCACCUCACCAUGGUGACCCCAUCGCACCUCACCAUGCUGACCCCAUCGCACCUCACCAUGGUGACCCCAUCGCACCUCACCAUGGUGAUCCCAUCGCACCUCACCAUGCUGACCCCAUCGCACCUCACCAUGGUGACCCCAUCGCACCUCACCAUGCUGACCCCAUCGCACCUCACCAUGCUGACCCCAUCGCACCUCACCAUGGUGACCCCAUCGCACCUCACCAUGCUGACCCCAUCGCACCUCACCAUGGUGACCCCAUCGCACCUCACCAUGGUGACCCCAUCGCACCUCACCAUGGUGACCCCAUCGCACCUCACCAUGCUGACCCCAUCGCACCUCACCAUGCUGACCCCAUCGCACCUCACCAUGCUGACCCCAUCGCACCUCACCAUGCUGACCCCAUCGCACCUCACCAUGGUGACCCCAUCGCACCUCACCAUGCUGACCCCAUCGCACCUCACCAUGGUGAUCCCAUCGCACCUCACCAUGGCGACCCCAUCGCACCUCACCAUGCUGACCCCAUCGCACCUCACCAUGCUGACCCCAUCGCACCUCACCAUGCUGACCCCAUCGCACCUCACCAUGGUGACCCUAUCGCACCUCACCAUGCUGACCCCAUCGCACCUCACCAUGGUGAUCCCAUCGCACCUCACCAUGCUGACCCCAUCGCACCUCACCAUGCUGACCCCAUCUCACCUCACCAUGGUGACACCAUCGCACCUCACCAUGGUGACCCCAUCGCACCUCACCAUGGUGACCCCAUCGCACCUCACCAUGGUGACCCCAUCGCACCUCACCAUGCUGACCCCAUCGCACCUCACCAUGGUGAUCCCAUCGCACCUCACCAUGGCGACCCCAUCGCACCUCACCAUGCUGACCCCAUCGCACCUCACCAUGGUGACCCCAUCGCACCUCACCAUGGUGGCCCCAUCGCACCUCACCAUGGUGACCCCAUCGCACCUCACCAUGGUGACCCCAUCGCACCUCACCAUGGUGACCCCAUCGCACCUCACCAUGGCGACCCCAUCGCACCUCACCAUGGCGACCCCAUCGCACCUCACCAUGGCGACCCCAUCGCACCUCACCAUGGUGAUCCCAUCUCACCUCACAGUGGUGACCCCAUCGCACCUCACCAUGGUGACCCCAUCGCACCUCACCAUGGCGACCCCAUCGCACCUCACCAUGGUGACCCCAUCGCACCUCACCAUGGCGACCCCAUCGCACCUCACCAUGGUGACCCCAUCGCACCUCACCAUGGCGACCCCAUCGCACCUCACCAUGGUGACCCCAUCGCACCUCACCAUGGCGACCCCAUCGCACCUCACCAUGCUGACCCCAUCGCACCUCACCAUGGUGACCCCAUCGCACCUCACCAUGGCGACCCCAUCGCACCUCACCAUGCUGACCCCAUCGCACCUCACCAUGGUGACCCCAUCGCACCUCACCAUGGUGACCCCAUCGCACCUCACCAUGGUGACCCCAUCGCACCUCACCAUGGUGAUCCCAUCGCACCUCACCAUGGUGACCCCAUCGCACCUCACCACACUGACCCCAUCGCACCUCACCAUGGUGACCCCAUCGCACCUCACCAUGGCGACCCCAUCGCACCUCACCAUGGUGACCCCAUCGCAACUCACCAUGGUGACCCCAUCGCACCUCACCAUGGCGACCCCAUCGCACCUCACCAUGGUGACCCCAUCGCACCUCACCAUGGUGACCCCAUCGCACCUCACCAUGGCGACCCCAUCGCACCUCACCAUGGUGACCCCAUCGCACCUCACCAUGGCGACCCCAUCGCACCUCACCAUGGUGACCCCAUCGCACCUCACCAUGGUGACCCCAUCGCACCUCACCAUGGCGACCCCAUCGCACCUCACCAUGCUGACCCCAUCGCACCUCACCAUGGCGACCCCAUCGCACCUCACCAUGGCGACCCCAUCGCACCUCACCAUGCUGACCCCAUCGCACCUCACCAUGGCGACCCCAUCGCACCUCACCAUGGCGACCCCAUCGCACCUCACCAUGCUGACCCCAUCGCACCUCACCAUGGUGACCCCAUCGCUCGCACCUCACCAUGGUGACCCCAUCGCACCUCACCAUGGUGACCCCAUCGCACCUCAACAUGGUGACCCCAUCGCACCUCACCAUGGUGACCCCAUCGCACCUCACCACACUGACCCCAUCGCACCUCACCAUGCUGACCCCAUCGCACCUCACCAUGGCGACCCCAUCGCACCUCACCAUGCUGACCCCAUCGCACCUCACCAUGGUGACCCCAUCGCACCUCACCAUGGUGACCCCAUCGCACCUCACCAUGCUGACCCCAUCGCACCUCACCAUGGUGACCCCAUCGCACCUCACCAUGGCGACCCCAUCGCACCUCACCAUGGUGACCCCAUCGCACCUCACCAUGGUGACCCCAUCGCACCUCACCAUGGUGACCCCAUCGCACCUCACCAUGGUGACUCCAUCGCACCUCACCAUGGUGACCCCAUCGCACCUCACCAUGGUGACCCCAUCGCACCUCACCAUGGUGACCCCAUCGCACCUCACCAUGCUGACCCCAUCGCACCUCACCAUGGUGAUCCCAUCGCACCUCACCAUGGCGACCCCAUCGCACCUCACCAUGCUGACCCCAUCGCACCUCACCAUGGUGACCCCAUCGCACCUCACCAUGCUGACCCCAUCGCACCUCACCAUGCUGACCCCAUCGCACCUCACCAUGGCGACCCCAUCGCACCUCACCAUGGUGACCCCAUCGCACCUCACCAUGGCGACCCCAUCGCACCUCAGUGA